CGCUUCCGCGGUUCGUGCCUGAACCCUUGUUUUUUGACUGACAGGCGCAGAGUACAUAUUGUGACGGCUAUCAUGAAGUUAAAUAAGUGUUGAAUCCAUGGCUUAAAGUAUGCGAUCCGUCUUCAUUCAUGGUAAUUAGUCACCGAGAUACUGGAACAGCAAAAGUUAUGGAAGACAGUAUAUCAGACUUAGACACAGUAGACUAUGAUAUGGAGCGAGAGACAGAGAGCUUCGAUACUGAGCCCCAUCCGAACCUGUACAGGCAUGGUCGACGCUAUUCCUUGACACGCUUGGAGCAACAUCCGUGGCCGAUUGACGAGUUAGAGAAAGACAGACUAGAGGAACAACACGUUUUGCUUCGUGAGCUGUUCCAGGAUAGAUUAUACCUCGCCCCUAUACAGAGUCCGCGAAGCGUCCUUGAUAUUCGCACUGGCACUGGUUGCUGGGCUAUGGAAUGUGCAGAAAGAUAUCCUUCAUCGACUGUUCGCGGCAUCGACUUAGUAAACAUGCAAGAGGAAUGGGUACCACCAAACUGCGAGUUUUGGGUCGACAACCUUUGUGAACCAGGCUGGCAUACCCAAUACGCAAAUAUUGACUUAGUUCAUAUUAAUCAGAUCCAGGGUGAUCGCCAGCUCUUGUCACUUCUACUCGAGGGAUCAUAUAGUUGCUGCGCUCCAGGCGGGUGGGUGGAGAUAUGUGAUAUGAGAGUUAAACUAGAUAACCCUGGUGAAGACAGCCCAUUCCACAGUUACAUCCGGGAGAUGACCACAGCCCACGCCAGAGAUGGUCGCCAGUUGGAUCUUCCUCUUCAUUUCGGAGCGGAACUCACUCAGCAUGGAUUUACCAACGUCACUCAACAUACUUAUGCUAUACCUCUAUGCACUGCGGGCCACGACGAAUUGACGACAAAAAUCAUUCAAAACUGGGCUGCAGGACUGGAAGGGUACAGUUUCACACUACUGGAAAAGUACCUUGGGAAGAGCUUCGCGGAAACUGUGCUAAUGUGCGCUUCUGCGCGUCGGGCACUAAAGGGCAAGAUUGAGGGAUAUUUGCAAAUGUCGGUGAGCUUCUUGCAUGAUUAUGACACGAUCCUAACCCUUCGCAGACAGGUUGUGUACGGACAGAAACCGGGUUAGUUGAGUUGAAUGACCGAUGAAGACAUAGAUUCCCUGCAUCAUCAGGACAAUAGACUAUGUAGUAUAUAUCUCGUAGCCGCGAUGAUCGCGCUAAUCGACAGAAGACGUUAGGAU